AUGCAGAAAAUCUGCGCGGUAAUUCUAUUUAUUGCAAUAAUAGGACUUUGCGAAGGUCACCCGCAAAAAUGGAGUAGACCGAUUCCAAAUAGUCAAACGGAAAAUGUAAGAGAAAGGCGUCAGUUUCCAUUCGGAGACUGGAUUCCGUUAAAUAAACCGUGUCCAACGUGUCGACCUCUGGUCGAUCCUGUAGACGUCGGACAAAAGAGCGAAAACAUAGGACUCACACCACCUAAACCUCCAACGGUAACGAGGCAAAUACACGGAGAUGGAAAUUUUUUCCCACAGGAUGAUUCAGCCAUUUUAUCCGUGCCGCCGCCACCUCCGAGAUUACCAAUUACUCCGGGUCCGAAUGGAAAUUUUCAAUUUCAAAAUUUUGCCACUUUUACCAAUUCCAUACCGGGACCCACGCAACAAAUAUUUUCUCAAACUCCCCAAAUACAAUUUGUGUCUCAGCCAUUUUUAAAUAAUCAAAAUCUUCUAGUCAAUUCGCAUCAUCAACAAGUUCUUCCCGUUUUAAAAAAUGCUGUGUUUAGUCAAAGCAGUCAAGGAGGACAAGGUUUUGAAAAGAAUCCCCGAGUUGAAACGAACAAUUUCGGACAACAAAAAUUUUCGGAAAAUGUCAUUCUCGAUCAAAACAACAGACCCAUUGGACCGAAUCCUCCUAUUUUUCAAAGCAAACCCAGUCCGUUUGUAAAGCCUCAAGCAUUUUUAACAACCGGUGCACAACCUCCCCUUGUUCAAGGUCAAACAGUCGUGCAACAACAAGGACUGCUACAUCAAACUCUCGUACAACAACCAAGAGUACCACAGACUAAUCAUUUUAGAGAUUCUAUUUUGACUCCGCCGCCAGUUGCUAAUUUUACUGCUCAAAAUACCGUUGUACCGGGACGUGAAAAAGAAGAAAUACAAUUACUAUACGUUCCUGUUGAAACGUUAAGGCAAAGAGGAAAUUUUCAACAGCAAUUUAUUUCCCAACAACAGCAAAAACAGCAAGUGUCAAACAUUCCGUUUCAGGCAAGACCCAACAUUGCAUCUCGACCAAGUAGUACGUUAAAUCAAGGCAUCACGACCUAUCAUCCUACGGAACCUACCACCACUACAAGUCAUCAGCCGAAAGGACAUUUCGUCACUCAAAAUCAAGGUCAAACCGUCAAGCUCUCUUCCUCUCAUCCAUUCACUACGGCACCAACUCCAGCAACAGUAUUUUUCCAACACGUUCCCACUCAAUCGACUCCAAACGCAUUUGCUUCCGCUACUCCUGUUCCCCCUGCCACAUCUACAUUUCCAACACCCUCUCCUGUUGCGCAAAAGUUCACAGCUUCCGUUCCAGAAACAACGUUGCCUCAUUUGUCAACCGUUCAAAAUACGAUUCCGUACACGUAUUCCGAAAUUCAAUUCGGUACGACACCUAAAACCUUUAUCACGGAAGAAGGCCUUCGCGAAGAAAUAAUAAAUGGAAAACCACAAUUCGAUGAAUACGAAAAUCAAAAAUUUCAAACAAAUUUAAAACUUCAACAGCAACAGCAACGUCAACAACCUCAAUCAUUUAUUAUUCAAAAACAAGAAAAUGACAAUCAAUUUAAUAGAAAUAAACUGUUUUAUCAACAACAAAAUCAAGAAAUUCAAUCAAACAGAAACGUGAAUUUGCAAAAUCAACAAGAACUUUUAUUACAAAAACAACGAGAUCAACAAAAAUACCUUCAACAGCAAAAAGAACAAGAAUUACGGGAACAAUAUGCUUUAAAAAAGGAAAUCGAAGAACAAGAAAAACUCAAUCAACAACGUCAAAGAGAAUUAGAAGAAAAAAAAUUACAAAGGCAAAGAGAACUUGAAGAACAAAGAUUAUUACAGGAAAAGAAACAAAAAGAAUUAGAAGAACAAAGGCUUUUACAAUUGCAGCAAGAGAAAGAAGCCGAACAAGAAAGGUUAUUGCAGGAACAACAGCAACGGGAAUUGGAAGAGCAACGCAGAUUGCAAAGAUUAAAAGAAGUUGAAGAAAAACGUCUUCUGCUACAAAGACAACGUGAUCAAGAAGAAAAACGUUUACUUCGUUAUCAGCAGCAGCAACAAAAAGAAAGGGAAGAGCUACGUUUAUUACAGCAAAAACAACAAAAAGAAGCAGAAGAACAACGUUUACUACAGCAACAAAAACUCGAAGAAAAAAGAUUGUUGCAAUUACAAAAACAAGCAGAAUUAGACGAACAAAACAACCGCCUUUUACAAGAACAAAAGGCCGAAAGAGAAAAAAAUGAAAAUUAUAAAAUACAACAGCAAUUAUAUCAGAUACAACAACAGCAAAAUUUUCAAUCUACUAAACAAAGUAUACCGCAAACGACUGUAAAACCAGAGACGCAUUUCAUUCGAGAACCAGAUAAUGCCAAUUUAAUAUCCCAAUUGGAAAAAGAGACCAGCGAUGAAACUUCAGAAUUAAUUCCUCACCAACCUCCUCUUUCUGUUUUUUACAAAAUCUCUGGCAAAGGCGAACCUCGCAUUGUCGACGUCCUCAAAGAACUAAGAAAUUCAAAAACUAUAACCGUUUUGGAUCAAUAUUUUGAUGAAAUGCCAAAAGUUUUUGUUGGUCCGGCUGGCUUAACCUCUCCAUCAGGUUACAAUAAAUUUGAAUUACCGUACCUUUCAAAUAUCGAAUCCGAAGCGAACAAUAAAAAAUUAGACAAAUUGCCCUUCUUUGUAGCUCCCUUAAAUUUCGUUCCUCCACUCGGAUAUUCUAAAAUACCUUUCCCUUCGCCUCAUGUCGGAUCCGUUGUUGUAUCCAGCGAAUCUAAUCCUGCCAUGAAGGGUAAUUUACCGGAAAAUAGUGCUACCGUUUUGUCUGAAGACGAUUCGGAACCUACAAGUUUUCCAGCUGUUGGACCGGAACUUCCAGGUCUUAUUAACAGUCUUGAAACGGAAACAACAACCGCCAAACCGACUACUCCUUCUCUUCCUCAAACAACCGCACAAUUAAGUAAUAGAAGACCAGGCAGCAGUUUGUAUCGGCCGAGGAAACCCAUUUCAAGAACCAGAGUAGUUUCUACAACGACAACUACUAGCACUACAACAACAAGCAAGCCAAGCAGUUAUCAAGGUCAAAAAACAAACGAUAAUUCUGGUGAAACGAAUGUGAGAAAACCUUACAACCGAUUUAAUCUCAAAAGAAGAAGACCGCAAAGUAAAUCGACAACAGAAAGCUCAGUUAAAUCUCAAACCGAAAGCAAAACAUUUGAAAAUAGACAAGAUGCUGCGCAAAGUAUUCAGCAGAAAACUCUAAAAUCACCUUCUACGAAAUACGGUAAUUUUCUAGCGGGAAAACGACAAUUCGUUAAUCAAAAUAUUGACAGAACGUCUGAAAUUCAAAAUGGCUACGAACUUCCUUCUUCUCCCAAUGAAUACAAAACGCAAAUUUCUGGAAAUUUAGGAGGAUUUAAAGAGCAAACUUUUAAAAACAAUAACGAGCAAAAUAAUUUUCAACUUUACGAAGACGGACCCUUUCCAACCGGUUCAGCUAAAAGUAUAACCCACGAAUUGUACAAACCGGAAAAUUAUAAAUUUAAAAAAAAUCAAGAUUUUCCCGAAAACAAAGACACGUUAAGUGUCACCUUACAACCUGAUACAACUUUAUCACCGGAAAAAUUCUUCGACGAAUCAAAUCAACCAAAAAUAUUUGAAAAAUCUAGUUUUUACUCUACAGUGGAACCUAAAAAAGUGUCGCAAGAAAAAUUUGAUGAUGUCAACGGUAUUCGCACAACGCCUUUAACUAAUAAUAAUGAUGGCAAUAAAUUCAGUGCUCCGACGGUUACUCCAAAAUAUUAUGAAAGCCCUCAAAAUACAAAAACUGACAGCUUUCAAGAAGCUAGUAAUGAGGAAAUUUCAGAAGAGGAACAGCAAACUACUGAACAAGUAAAUUUUGAAGAUACUUACACUGCAGCUUUUGCUGAAAUUUCUAAACAUCAUCAUAUUCCUCGACCUCUUAGUUCGACUCGAAAACAUGAAACUAAAACCUCUGAAAUUCACCCGACUCUGGAACUUUCAUUAGACCUCGAAGCUCCUUCCACAGAAGACGUACCUAAAACUUCUCAAGAAUUUUCAAAGGAAACAAACUCAUUAAGUCAAACUAAUAAAUUUUUAUCUCAACCGACACCGACUCAACCGUCAACAAAUGAAUUUUCUUUUCGACAAGAUUUAUCAAAGACAUCAAAUUUCAAGAGUUUUGCCAAUCACGGUGUAGUUCCUACACAAGAAUUAAACAGCCAAAAAUUUGGCUCAUCUUCUUUUAGCACAGUACUUCCUACCACUCAAGGUUUUUCGAAUAGUCAGCAUCGCAGCUCCACGGUUUAUGAAACCUUGAGGAAUCAAAAAGUUGGUCCAACUGUACCUGGAGUGAUUAAUGCUAAAGAUGUAAAUUCAGCAUCGUUUAAUGUUGAUAAGAAAUCGAAUCCUUCUUCCGUAAGUCCUUUAAGCAACCAAGAACUCACUUCGGUUAAUUUUGAAACUGAAAAUGAAGAAAUUGGUUCGACUUUUUCGGGAGUGAACAACAAUCGUAAAUCUCCUAAUUCAAAUUUUUUCAAUCUAAAUAAUCAAAAACGUGUUAAUCCAACAGUUCAAAGUUCAUUCAAUUACGAAAGAGUUAAUCCAACUUAUUACAAUACUUUUAACAAUGAAGAAGUAAAUCCAACCUUAUAUAGUGGAUUCAGCAGUGAAAGAGGUAAUUCAGAAGUACACAGUACUAUCAGUAGUGAAGGAGUUAAUCCAACAGUAUACAGCACUAUCAGCAGUGGAAAAGUUAAUCCAACAGUGCACAGCACAUUUAGCAGUGAAAAAGUUAAUCCAACCGUACAUAGUACUAUCAGUAGUGAAGGAGUUAAUCCAACGGUACACAGUACUAUAAGUAGUGAAGGAGCUAUUCCUACAGUACAAAGUACAUAUAGCAAUGAAAGAGUUAAUCCAACACUCUAUAGUACACUCAGCAGCGAAGAAGUCAACCCAACAGUGCACAGCACUUUUAGCAGUGAAAAGGUUAAUCCAACAGUUUUUAGUACUUUUAACAAGAAAAAAGUUAAUUCAACAGUCUACACUACUUCUAAAAAUGAAGAAAUUAAUCCGACAGUCUACACUACUUCAGAAACUGAAGAAAUUAAUCCAACAAUUUACACUACUUCUAAAAAGGAAAAAAUUAAUCCAACAAUCUAUACUGCUUCUAAAAAUGAAGAAAUUAAUCCAACAGUUUACAACACAUUUGACAAUGAAGAAAUUGAUCCAACAGUACUCAGCACAAUUACCAGUGAAAAAGUUAAUCCGACAAAGCAGAUUAAUUUAAAAAACGAAAGAGUUAAAUCAACGACACGCAAUACAUUUAAAAGCGAAAGAGUCAAUUCAUUAUCUUAUGACGAAUCAAACGAUAAAACAAUUUCUUCGACUGCAUCCGGAGCGACUGAAGGACAAACAAACAAUUUUGGCAAUUUCGGUACUGUAAACGGUCAUGGGGUAAACCCAACGUAUUUUACUGUUCCAGACAAUCAAGAAUUUAGCUCAGUUGCUUAUGAGGAAAUAAAUACAAAAGUAAAUCCAACUCUUGCAGUAACCAUUAAUCAAGGCACCAGUUCUUCAAAUUAUGAAAAUAAAAAUCUAAAAGUCAAUCCGACUUCUCCUGGUACAAUACAGGCUUUUGGAACAGUAAGCAAUGAAAAUAUAAAACCGACGGUUCCUGGCGAACACAGAAACCAUGAAAUAAGUUCUACACUUUUCGACGAAAACAACCAACAAAUUAAUUCCAGACUUCCCGAAAAUUACAAUGAUUACAAAACUGAUCCUACAAGUUACAAAAAAGAGAGUGAAGAAGAAAACGGAAGCGUCACAUUUGGAGUUCGCAAACAAUAUGAAACAAUUAAUCCCACUGUGUCUGGACCCAUAAGUACUGCAAAAACUGCUACGUCAACUUCUGAUAACAUUAACAACGAAUACGAAACCGAAAAUUUUGUCAGUACCAAGACUACGUUAAAAUCAAUAUCGGAAAUACAACCGGAAGUAGAACUGGCUGAUACUGAAGAUUUUCAUACCAAACCGGCAUCUAAAGUCAAUUUUCAAACUUACAAAUUUCCUUCGAGAUCGAGAGGGCAAUAUACACCGAAUUUUGAAAGAGAUGUAAGCUCUAAUACUAAAGAAAAGGAGACGACAUUUGCAACAAAUCCUUCUUCUAAGGAAGUUACGGAACAAGGCAUCACAAAUAGUUUUAAACCAGUUAAAACUGAUGACCUACCAACUGAAGAUAACAAUCAAGGUAACGACGAAACUCAAAGCUACGUUACCAGACCCAAACUUCCCGCUACUUCAGGACUUAGAGGACGAGCAAGAAUAAGAAACAAGUCAAAGAACUCAUUCAGUUAUAAAGAUUCUCGAACAUCAACAAUCUCACCUUCAAUAAGACUAUCAUCAGAAAGCCAGAACAAUGAAGACACAAAUCAGGAAUACACAACUAAGAGUACCAAACUUCCUGGUAAUCAACGAGUUAAGUUGCCAAAAUACAAUAAUUUUAGAUCGGGGAAAAAACCAAUCAGGCCAACUACUGAAGCAACAAUCGAAGGCGAACAAAAAUUAAACGUGUACACCGUAAGACCACACAAGAGACUUUUAAAUCCAUCAACGGUGUCAACCAAAAGAAUUCGAAGACCCACAUCUCCAGCUCCUAUCGUAGAAACAUCCACGGAAACUCUCGUCACUUAUAAACCGGAAACAUAUUCAGAAUCUUACGAACCAGCAUUUCCAGCUUCCGGUGUGAGCAAUGAUGUUUAUUAUGAAAAUACCAGGAUUUCUUCGUUGAACCGAAAACUUAAAAAACCUUACGAUACUUCUGAACAAAAGAAUGAUGCCAUCCUUACUGUUGUACCCACAUCUUAUCCUUCCACUGCUCCUAGUUACCCAACAUACGUAGAUCCCCUUUCAUUUGUACCAACAGAAGAAAAAAAUGAUGAAAGUUUUAAAAAUUCAAAAGAGCAAAACGAUGAAGAUUCUAAAACUUCGGAAGAAGAAAAUGGUAGCGGUUCUAAAAUUUUGGAAAAUGUACCAUCCGAAUCCUUUCAAUCGUCAGAAAUUUCAAAACCGUCAGAGCAAAUAGAAUAUGAUUCUCAAAGUUAUUCUAACGGAGGUUCAAAUUCCGAAAUUGAAUUACCAAGUAAUCAAGAUCUAUAUUUAACCACGGUUCGUUCGGUUAGUUCUUUAAAACCAAUCGAUUCAGAAGAACUUAAAAAAUUUCACGAUGGCAAAAAAGCAUUCGAUCCAGACUUAGAGAAAAAGAAUGGAAGACGAAGAGUUCGGGUCAGAGUGCACAAAAGGCCUCAUGAAAAUUUCGAAACCGCUGAAUCACAAAAUUUGAGAACCGUGGCAAAUAUUUUGAUACCUCCAACAUCAACGUACAAACCAUUCGAUAUAAACAAUUAUCAAAGUGCCAAAAAUUCAGAAUAUUCAAUUGGAGAAAAUAAAUUUGGAGUCCGAAGCCGAGAAUAUUUUCAAAAACAUUUAAAUAUAUCUGUUCCGAUUCCAAACCCUCCGACUGAAAUAAAAAGCGAAACCAAUCAGGAAGUAGUAAGCAAAUACUUGCGUACGGAUAAUGAACAAUUUUACGGAGGUUCUUUGGAAAAUCAAGAAACCGACACGAUAUUAGAUGACGUUCCAAAAAUUUACUAUAGGAAUGGUCAAGAAAUUUUUAUACCGGAUCUGAAUGAUAAACCUGCGGGUGAAACAUCUAACGGUAAAAGGCAAAGAACCAAAUUUAGAGGCUACAUACGAAAACUCGUGAAAAAGCCUAUUACCCGUAAAGAAGAAGAGGAAAAACCCGUGAGCAUUCCACAAUCUUUCGAACCCGUAAUAAAAGAAACAAGAGAAGAAAAUUUGGAAACAUAUUCUUCGCCGAAAACUACAGUUAUUAAAAAUUUUGAUCAUGGUAAAAGAUUCAAUACCACAAGGCAAAAACCAUCAUUAGUCAGAUAUACAAAGAAAAAUAAAAUAAAAGCACAAACUGAAGACGCUUUAGAAACAGAAAUAUUAAAAACCGAACAACCGGAAUUUCACGAAACUACACCUGCGGAGAUACAAAAACCUGAACCUGUAAAAGAUACCCCUCUAUCGGAAGUUCAAUUUACUCAGCUCACGGUAGUGGAUCACACAAAAGAAAGUGAAGUUCCUAAAACUGUGCCAUUCGUUGAAGUCACAACAGAACAACCUACAGUACAGCCGGAAGAAAAAUCUGAAACUUUUCAAACGAAAACCGUUUUCGCAACAACCGAUACGCUGGAAACUCACAGUACCGAAUCACUAAUUCAACUUCCUGAAUCGAACACUGAAAUAUUCGAAUCAAAUACUGAGAUACCACAAACGACGAAAGCAGCCGAAGGUGAAUAUUUAACUAAAUCAAUAUUUGCCACCUUAGAACAAGCCAUAACAAAAUUAUAUCCAGUGCCUUCGGAAGCACCCAAAGAAUUAAUUGAAGAACAUUCUAGCGAACCAUUGGAAGUUAGCUCUGUGAAAACAUCAGACGAAAAGUUUCCUUACAGGCCAAAAUCUUAUCAGGGAAUAAGACCGUUAUUCCAAAGAGCUCAAAAUUCUGGUUACGUUCGAACAAAAGAAUCAAUUUCUGGUAAUGGUCAAUCUUUUUCGGAACAGCAAGAAAAAAGAAGUAGAUUAAAUAGGUAUAAGUUCGGAAGGUACAAUUCAUCGGAUUCGAAUGCAAAAGAAAACAGUGAAGAUGAUAAAUCUUACAGCGGAACCAGAAGUAGUUCAAUAAGUAAAAGCAAAACUAAUAAUUUAGAUUACAGAAAGUAUUCCAGAAAUAAAAACAGAGAAGGAGGCUUUACUCAGUUUUUUAGAAACCGAUAUUCUACGUCACAAAAAACAGAAAGUCAAUCAACUGAAGGUGAAAAAACUCAGUCUGUAGAUUAUCAAACUUUAACUGCUUCAACUGAAAAAUUAACUACAAAUGAAAUUAAAUAUGAAUCUACGACGGAAAUUCUUGAAACAUCUACAGAAAAAGAAUUGAAAACAACUCAAAAAUUUGAAACUGAUACUACUAAAUUAGAAACCAGUGAAACUGAAACAGGAACAGAAUUUGAAACGGAUACUACCAAAUUAGAUACAACUGAAACAGGAACAACAGAUUUUAAAACAGGCACCACUAAAUUAGGUACAACUGAAACAGGAACAGAUCUUAAAACAGGCACCACUAAAUUGGAAACCACUGAAACAGGAACAACAGAAUUUAAAACUGGUACCACUAAAUUAGAUACAACUGAAAUAGGAACAGAAUUUAAAACUGAUACCACUAAAUUAGAAACAACAAAAUCUGAAACAGGAGCAGAUUUUGAAACUGCUACUACUAAAUUAGAAACAGCCAAAACUGAAACAGGAACAGGUUUUGAAACAGACACUACUAAGUUAGAAACAACAAAAUCUGAAACAGGAGCAGACUUUGAAACAGCUACUACCAAACUGGAAACAUCCAAAACUGAAACAGGAACAGAAUUUGAAACUACAAAAGAUUUAGAAUGGUCAACAGAAUUAGAAAAUAACGAAGAGUAUUUGACAACAAGUUCACCAUCAACUAACAAUGAUGUUACUAAAGCAAUUAGUAUUUUGACAACACUUUUUGACACGACAUUCCCAGAAAAAACCUCACAAUCUGAAACAGAAACAAGUACAGCAAUCACACCAGAAUCAACAGAAACAUACAAUUUAGAAACUCAACCAGAUUUAUUUAGAUUUGCUAAAGGCAGUUUUAGAUUCGAUGAAACCGAAAAAUUCACUGGCACCAAAAACAAAGAUCAUGUACGAAACAUCACUGCUGAAAUCAUUGAAAACACAUCAAGCUUUUCCGCACCGGGAGCUGAAAAACAAAGCGACCUUUUCGUUUCACCAAUUGUUAGUAAUGAAAAUUAUAAAUUAUCAACGGAACCAAGUGUAGAAAAAACCGACAACAACGAUGAUGAAACAGAUAAGACUGAAAAUAAAACGUUUGAACUUACCUCAGACGAAUCGACGACAACGAAUCUCGAAACAACGGAUGAUUCAUCUAAUGCCACGAAACCCGUCAGCCAAUCAAAAACUUCGAAACAAGUCAAAACAUCAACUACGACAAAAAUCUCUCACGAAACAGAAAUUUGUUACCGAGGGAGAUGCAUAAGAACGAAAUCAGAGAAUCCAGACGAAGAAUUAAAAAAACUAUAUGAACAUAUUUUGUUUUUUAUUAUUCGUUUCGAAUUGAGAAAUGAUUAA